UUUACCCCCUGUGUCUCCCUAAACCAAACACAGGGUUGGUUGGAAUGCAAGCCUGGGCUAAAUCUAACAUGGCCUGGUUCUCCUGCAGAGGAUUUUGUGUACCAGUUUAAGGGCACCUGCUACUUCACCAAUGGGACUCAGCGAGUGAGGCUCAUGGCCAGACAAAUCUACAACAAGGAGGAGAUCCUGAGCUUUGACAGUGAUGUGGGGGUGUUUGUGGUUGUAACAGAGCUGAGGCAGUCAAGUGCCAAGAGCUGCAAUGCCCAGAAGGACCUCCUGGCUGAGUAUCAGGCCCAUGUAGACACCUUGUGCAGACACAACUAUUACCAGACAGCUUUCUUCACUGUUCAGCUGAGAGGUGAGUUUAGGACUAAUCAAAGUCCUAUAGUCACCAUCUCUCCAGCCAGGACAGAGCCCCUAAACCACCACAAUUUGCUGAUCUGCUCAGUGACAAAUUUUUAUCCUCAACAAGUUAAAGUCAGAUGGUUCCGGAAUAAAGAGGAAGAGACUUCUGGAGUUGUGUCCACACCACUUAUUCAGAAUGGAGAUUGGACCUACAAGAUUCUUGUGAUGUUGGAAGUAACACCCCAGCCUGGAGAUGUCUACACUUGCCACUUGGAGCACCCCAGCCUCCAGAGCCCCAUCACUAUAGAAUGGUGUAAGGGCCACUUCAUUGAUACCAGGGAGCAGGGAGGACAUUGGGUCUUGUGAGCUUGGGGUCCCUCCUUUCCUCUGCUGUUGGACACAUUCAUACCUUCUCUCCUACGCAACUCCUGGUGUCAUUUCUGUGCCUAGAGUCAUGGAGGCCUGAGAUCUCAAGUCAAAAUUCAGAUGCUGAGUACUGACCUCUUUUCGCUCCAAGAUAUUAUUGCUUUAUGUAACCUGAUCUCCAGGCUGAGGUUCAGCUGGGCAGUAUAUCUUCUGCAGUGGUGAAAUUCUGGGCUUUAACGUUAAGGCUGGUGUUUGCAGAUGGGAUAGUCUCUGGAUUUUCAGAUGGACCUACCCUGGGGACUCACACUCCCCCAAACCCUCUUCCAUCCACUGUUCUCCUGGGGUCUCUGCAUGCCCUUGACCCUCCUCUGUUUGGUAGUGGGGCACCUGUGUCUCUUAUAUCUUGGGUUGGACUCCAGGCUUUCUGAUGAGGACUCUGUGGGAUGUGGGGACAGUCACUGAUGCACAAGCUUCUA